CGCGCUGACGCCUUUCCGGCGGGUGCAGGGAGGAGGCGGCGAUCGCUGUGAGCCCGCACUCAUCCAGGGGCCGGCUGGUUACUCCGUCAGCGCGGCGGGAACCGGCCGAUCGGCAGAGCUCCCCGAGCUCAUGACAGAAUUCGUUCUUUGCCGAGGCAAUGGUGUGACCAAUUCCGGACAUGCCCCUCAGCGCCCUGGGUGACCCAGGCUCCGGCUGCCUGUUUGCGGGCCGCCGGGCCGCCGCGGGAGGCCUGACCUGAGGGCCAGCGUCUCCCUCAGCAGCGGGUGGAGACCCAGUUCCCAGACUCCAUCUUGUGUCUUGCCUGGAGUGCUACUGCCCAAUGGCCAUUCCCAAGAGCCCCCUGAGCACAGUGCCCGGGACACAGGAUGACUUCCUGCGAGUGAAGGUGGAGGAUGAAGAGACUGACUAUCCCCAUGUCCAGGAAUUUAGCUGCACUGCCCAACCUGAGUCUGCACGUCAGCGCUUCCGGCACUUCCGUUUUGAGGAGGCAUCCAGCCCACAUGAUGCACUUGCCCAGCUCUGGAAACUGUGCCGCCAGUGGUUGCAGCCAGAGAUGCACUCUAAGGAGCAAAUUCUGGAGAUUCUCGUGCUGGAGCAGUUCUUGGGGGCACUGCCCCCUGUGAUCCAGUCCUGGGUGGGGGCCCAGUGCCCCAAGAGCAGUGAGGAGGCUGCCAUGAUGGUGGAAGAUGUGACUCAGGUUCUGGAUAAGAAAGGAUGGGAACCGGAAGCUGAACUGUCAAAGGCAAACUACAAGCAGAGUGAUUCAGAAGAGUCAGAGCCUUCAGACAGGGCCACUGAAACCCUUGUGGGAGGUGUUUCCCUGGGACCUGCCUUUGAUAAUUCCCGCAAAUCUGAGGGCAGCUCAGAGAGGCAGGUGGGAGUCGCAGGGGUUAUCUGGACAAAGUCUGUUGCUCAAGAAAUAGAUCUCAGGAAAGCAUCAGUAGUGCUUCACAAGGAUACCCCUACAGAGCAACCCGACUAUGAAUCAAGUGCCUUGGGGAACAUUCCCAAUGUGUGGACAAAAUUCACCUCCCGAGACAACACUCCUCCAGAAGAGAAAUUUAAUCCAUUGGAUGGUUACGGGACAAAGCUACCAUGUCUGUAUUCUGGGAGGAAGUCCUCCAAGUGUGGCCAGUGUGGGAAAACAUUCCAAAGCCCCUUGACCCUGGAGGCACACCAGAAGAGCCAUUCCAGGAAGACACCCUAUGCCUGUGGUGAGUGUGGAAAAGCCUUCAGCCGUAGUACACACCUAGCCCAGCACCUGGUUGUCCACACAGGGGCAAAGCCCCACGAGUGUAAGGAGUGUGGCAAGGCCUUCAGCCGGGUGACCCACCUAACUCAACACCAGAGGAUCCACACUGGUGAGAAGCCCUAUAAGUGUGGGGAGUGUGGCAAAACUUUCAGCCGCAGCACUCACCUCACCCAGCAUCAGCGGGUGCACACUGGGGAGAGACCCUACGAGUGUGAGGAGUGUGGCAAGGCCUUCAGUCAGAGUACUCACCUUACUCAGCAUCAGCGCAUCCACACUGGGGAGAAGCCCUACAAGUGUGAUGCAUGUGGGAGAGCCUUCAGUGACUGCUCGGCACUGAUCCGACAUUUGAGAACCCACUCAGGGGAGAAGCCAUAUCAGUGUAAGAUGUGUCCAAAGGCCUUUGCACAGAGUUCUUCUCUCAUUGAGCAUCAGAGAAUCCACACCGGGGAAAAGCCCUACAAGUGCAGUGACUGUGGGAAGGCCUUCAGCCGCAGCUCAGCGCUCAUGGUUCACCUGAAGAUCCAUAUCACAGUACUUCAGUGACCAGAGACAGUCUAGGGCACCACACUGUCUCUCCUCAGAUGUUCAACAUCUAUGAAUCCCGAGUUCCAUAAGGACCAAGAACAGGGUAAUAACAAUGCAUAAAGAAUAAGACAGAUUUUUGGGGGCUGGAGUGAUAGCACAGCGGGUAGGGCAUUGCCUUGCAUGUGGCCGACCUGGCUUUGAUUCCCAGCAUCCCAGAUGGUCCCCCGAGCACUGCCAAGAGUAAUUUCUGAGUGUGUGAGCUAGGAGUAACGCCUGUGCAUCACCGGGUGUGACCCAAAAAGCAAAAAUAUAUAUAUAAUAAGAUUUUUGAGGACAGAUUUUGGGUCUGGAAAUAUUUCUGCAUUUGGUGACCCGGACCCUUGGUGGACACAAAACUGCUCAUGCUGAUGUAGAAGCUUCCAAAGGAUUCUACUGCCCCUAUACUCAUCUCAGAGAGAGGACAGCUGAGCUGAGGAUUUUGAUCAGUCUUCAGAGAAAAACUGAAGUUCCUGUCAGACUAUUGGUUUCAAGAUGCUCUGGGCAGAGAGAGUCCGGUCUCAUGCUCCCACAUGGUUCCUCUUCACUGUUCCUCUCCUGCUUAGUUAAGGAAAAGACCUGCAUACGUGCACCCCUGUAUCUUCACAUCUGCCUCUUUCCACCUGUUCGCUUCUAACUCCGAAGUUGUAACUUCUAACACUGAAGUUAUCUUUUCCAUGAAGUCUGCUCAAUUCCCUCAAUCUCUGACAUGCUUCAUGUACUGCAAUCAAAAAUAUUGCUUCAUACUUACUUGUCCAUUUCUCCCUCUAUCCUUCCACAUCUUACUAGCCGUCAGCCCUGAUGGUUUUACUUCUAAACUUACUUCUAAUCUCUUUUCACCAUUGUGAUGUGUAUUGCACCUCUUAUCCUGGGUUCAGCAGGGAACUCCUUUCUGGCCUCUUCUGCCUCUCCCCCCAACCCAGCACCCCACCAGCCUUCAAUGGGCUCCUGCAAACUAAAUCUUAUCAUGUCACUUCAUAAUGGAAAGCUCUCCUGUGUGGUUUCUAUACAGCAAAAAUUUCUGAAUGGGGUACAAAGAUGCCUAUAUAUGUAUGUCAGUUUGGGCCCUGAGAAACUUCUCUAGUUAUCCUUACAUGAUCAUGUGAAAGUGAUGUGAAAUGUUUUCAAAGCACCACCCUGUAAGAUAAACCUCAAGCUCCUUCUGCCGUUCCUGACCAUUUGUGACCUGACUCCAGUCUUGUUUUCUGCUGAGGCCACCUUCUGUAUGCCAGCUAGGACUCUGUGGUUCCUAAAAAAGUUGUAUUUCAUUCAGCCUUUGUGUAUGUGUGUGGAGCCCUGUUCACAUGCUAUUUUUUUAUGGGGGUGGGGAGGACUACACUUCGAGGUGCUCAGGGCUGAGUCCUGGUUCUUCAAUCAGGGAUCACUUGUGGCAGUACCCGGAGGACCAUGUAUGGUACUGAGUAUCAAACCCAGAUUGACUGUGUUCAAAGCCCUACCCACUAUAUUAUCCUUCCAGGCCACAUUCUUUCAAAAUGUUUCAAAUAUUCCUUCCCAACAAAGCCUCCCUGAAACUUUUUCCCCUGCCUUUUUGGGUCACACCCUGGGAUGCUCAGGGAUUACUACUGUCUCUGCACUCAGGAAUUAUCCCUGGCUGUGUUUGGGGGACCAUAUGGAAUUCCAGGGAUCAAACCCAGGUCAGCGUGUACAAGGCAAACACCCUACCCACUGUACUGUUGGUCCAGCCCCUCCCGAAACUCUUUUUUUGUUUUGCUUUUUGGGUCACACCCGGCGAUGCACAGGGGAUACUCCUGGCUCAUGCACUCAGGAAUUGCUCCUAGCGGUGCUCAGGGGACCAUGUGGGGUGCUAGGAAUCGAACCAAGGUCAGCCACGUGCAAGGCAAGCGCCUUACCCGCUGUGCUAUCGCUCCAGCCCCUCUCCCCAAAACUUUUUGAGAUUUCAGCUUGCCCUCUGUUUCCAGAGCACCUGGAAUGUACCUGGUGUGUACCUCUCUUAAUCCUCCUACCAUGCUAUAUUUUUUCUGUGCAUAGUAUACAGCCUGAGGGGUUACCGAACACAGGGGCCAUGUCUUCCUCUCAGCAUUCAUAGCAUAGGCCCCUACUGCCUGGUGAAUGGAUAUACUGUAACUGGUGCCUUCCCUGAGACAGUUACCACACUCUGUCCUGUGUCUUUACAUAUGUUUACAAAACUGUCUCCCUAUGAAGUAUGAUCCUUACAAAGGAAGAAUUGUGUGAUCUUCCUGGGGCCCUAAUGCUCACACCAGCCUGGUAUGCAAUAAUGUACUCAAUAAUGUUACUGUAUUGAGUUUUGCCUUUUCUUUGGCACAUGAGUCCCCUGAAGAUAAGGACUGAGUGAUGCCAGCAUUCUGUUGAAACUCACUCUGAACUCUCAGAACUUUUCAUCCCUGACCCUCUGACAAUUGAUCUUUAACUGUAAUUGCAGCCUUAUUCCUGUCAGUGUGCUGGCCUUCCCUCCUGUUUGUUUGCUUUUUCCUAUAAUUCAUUCACAUGUGAAUCAUUUGGCCCCCAGAAUGUUCUCAUCCUCACUGUCAAUAUCUCACCCUCUUUUUCUCCAUAUUUGAGCAUUUUCCCAAGGUCAGUAAAGGUGAAACACAGAUUUCCAGUUUGUCACACAUAGUGUAGACAAGAGAGGCUGAAAGAGAAGGUUUAAAGUGCAGGGAAAACUCCUCUAAGAAACAUUCUCAGUUAAGUGAUCAAAAAGACCUAAGCCUAAAGCCAUACUGUAGAGUUUCAUACUUCCCCAGGGCUGCUCUAGGGACUUCAGAUUAGUAGCUCCCCUGAACUUUGAAGAUCUGAUACUUUUUAAAGCAGGAAAAGACUUGCUCUGUGCCACAUGUGAUCCAGGACUUAACUGACUUCUUCCUGUCUUCAUCUUUUCUCUAACCACCACUCUCCUGAUAUCUGCCACAGAAGAGUUGAUGCUUCUAUCCCCUGGUCACUGAGUAUCUUUAGCACCUAUUUUGUCACAAGAUGUGUGCCCAAGUUUAUCUAAAGGGGAAGGAAGUCAGAGAGAAUAAAGGUCUUUCUUAAUGCUGCA